ACGGUUCAUUAAGGGAAAGGAAUCUGAAACAAAUUAUUCUUAAAAAUACAGUAAAAAAACAAAAAUACAAGAAACUUGAAUGAAAAUUAAUAAAUAAAAAUGACUAGAAACGAUACAAUUAGACAAACGAAAGAUCCGAUUGUUGAUAUUUUAUUGUCUUCCAUAAGCAGAUCGGGUAAAUCGAAUAUUUUUUUGGGUGGUCCAAAUAUAACCAAGCUCAGCAGGCUUUUAACUUCAUCGGCCGGAAAUCAAGUAGAACAAUCAUUGCAUAAAUUGGCAAUUAAUUCCAAAUACACAACGGAUGAUCCACCGAUUAGUGGGACAUUUAAUCAAGCUCAAAGAAAAAAUAUAAGAUCUAGCGAUAGUAUACACUCAAGCCAAAAGUCUGCUAGAGGUAACAGCGGGAUUAAAACGAAGACAUCGGUUAUUAAUAAUGAAGCAGAAAAUAGAUUCUCCGACUUAAAGGAUUUAGGGCCAACAAUGAUCAUUCACGUGUGCGAUGAAGCGAGAGACGUAAAAAAGGAUUUCAACUGUCCCCGUCAAGUACUCGUAAGAGAGAUGAAAUACUUUGCCGAAUAUUUGUCCGGUACAGAUAUGCAAAGGGCUGACGACGUUGAUAUAAGCGUUCACUGUGACGUCACAAUCUUCGAAUGGCUUAUGACCUAUGUCAAAAGACAUUUGGAAGGAAAUAGUAGCAAUGUACCAAAAUUAGAGGCCAGCAAUGUUAUAUCUGUUCUAAUAUCAUCCGAUUUCUUAAAAAUGGACAGUCUUGUUUCGGAAUGCAUCACUUUCUGCCAUAAUAAUAUGGAUAGUAUUCUGGCAGCUCCGUCAAACAUGAACUGUAUUAAUGACUCACUCGUUGCGAGGAUAGCGGAUGGAUUAAGCCAUAACAAAAUCGAUUCGCUUAAGGACAGAAGAGAUAAGUUCAAGAGUAAAUUGUUCAUGAGAAAGAUUACUACGUUAUUCGAUGCUUCGUUUCAUAAUACGGAUUCUCCAGAGAAUGCUUCAACUUUAUUCUCUUGUUCGGCUUGCGGGAAGCUGUUAACUAGGUCUUUAGAAUCGAAGAUACCCUGUUCAAAUUCUAGAAUGACAAUAUCGAAUAGAGGAACAAUUACUCAUACUCAUAUUAAGGAUCCAAACUGGGAUGUUAACGAUUAUAUAUUAGAAUUAAAAUCGAAAUCUCCAAAGAAUGACUGGCGUCACGUUUAUUGGAAAUUAUGGGGGAAAAUUAAUUGUUUAACGUGCUCUAGAUGCUCUUCUGUUUUUCAAUGUAGCCAAUUAAAUACCUGCAGAUAUCAUCCGCAAGCUCCAGUUUUUCUACAGGAGAGCGUUUCUUGGGAAUGUUGCAAACAGAAAUCAUUUAGAUUGGACGCUCACUCUUUAGCCAACGGUUGUCAGUUUCGUGAUCAUGUUGUAGAUACAGUUGAUGUUAGUACAACUGGAUCUGGCACUAUUACACUACCGUUGAGAUCUAAUCAAGUUUACAACGACUUAUUAGCUCAUAGGAAUAUGAUAUGCACUUAUGAUAAUAAUCAAAAACUAAUGGAAAACAACGGCGUAUAUAAUAUAUUUGCCGAAGACGAAGCCGCCACUGCCGCUAAUGAGAACAGUCAAUCCAAAGGAGACGCCUCAAGGCAAAGCACCCCCUGUACCGCUCCUAGAUUACAAGCUUUGCAGAAAGUCGAUAGUUAUGAUAAUAAUAAUAUCAGUGAAGAUAUGGCGAGAAUAAAUUACGCCGACGAAUUUCUCGACGAAGAUGAAGAGGAAGAUGUUAUAGAGGAAGACGAAGAUGGUAUUUUAGCGAAAUUACGAAAAGGUAGACCUAAAAAGGUUACUGUCAACCCCGAAGCCAUAUUAGUCGAUCCGCCAGAUUUCGCGACGUUAAAAUCAAGAAAAUGGGAUUCGACUAGAUCAAUAAGAUGGAAUCAAGAUGCUCAGAGGGAAGACGGUAUAAAAUUCUCUUAAUAAUUUGCGAUUAAGAUUUAUAAACUUAAGAAUCGUUACAUCUUCUCCGUAGAUCAAAGAAGAACAGAGAAUAUCAUUUCCUAUCUGACGAGAUUAAGGGUCGUUACUGAUAAGUCAGAAAGGAAUAAACAAAAACAGCCAAUCGUUAGCAUUUUUUCCAAAUUGGAAUCUUCCUGGAAAGCGUCUAAUCUACCAAAUCAAUCGUCCAAUAAGGUUUCCGUUCAACAAUUAAAUAGAAACAAACAACCGAGAAACGUUCUCCAUAGAUAUUGAAACAAAUAUACAACUCAUUAAUAUGCAAAUUUUAUUAAUUUAUUAAUUUAUUCCAAAAAAAUAAAGAAAAUAAUAAUGACUUUUAAUUAAAA